AGUCAACUCAGUCAAUCCAUGUCCCUCCUUUCAUUUCCGCCACUCUUCCCUCGUCUUCUAUCUACAUUUUCUGCAACCAAGAAAAACAAUAUCUUUUCUGAAAAAAAGAGAAAAAAUUCUAAAUGGCAGCUUAUGCAUCUCUGGUUUCCCUUAUGCAGAUUUUCGAUCUGAUCGAGCAUCAUCCCUCCCCUCCGAUUUCUAUGGACAAAAAACAAGUUGAAUCUCUCACUGAAAUUGUUGUGUUCUUGCAGGAAUUCCUUGAGGGCUAUAAGUCUCCCUUUGCUGACGGCGAUGAAGCAGAUCCGUUGGAGAUGCGCAUAGCUGAUGCAGUUUACGUAGCUGAAGAUGCCAUCGAAUCUCACAUUGUGGAUCAAAUUCUUGCUGCCGCCUCUAAAGAUAAAAAGGAUUGGAUUGGAUUCUUCAAUUACUUUCGACCACGAAAGGAGCCCAAACAUGAUGGCCCAAAAAUCACUUCAGCGGACUUGUACGAGAGUCUGGUGAAGGUGAUAGAAGAUCUGGAGUUGAUCAAGAAAAAAGUGAUGGAGAUCGUUGCAGACAAACAUCAACUGCAGAGACAAGUCUCAGUAUUUGCUGGUUCGUCAAUGUUGAGGAACAAUUCUUCACCAUCUUCUCUCUCUAGGCUGAACAGCACAGCCAUGGCGGGAUGUGAUGAUAUGAUGCUUCAUCUCAUGGAUAAGGUUACUGACGGAAGACCUGGCCGUCAUGUCAUCCCAAUCUUCGGAAUGGGAGGAAUUGGUAAGACUACUCUUGCCAGAAAUGUUUAUGAGAAACCACUUAUUUGUCGUCAUUUUGAUAUCUGUGCUUGGGUUACAAUAUCUCAACAAUUUAACUCAAAAGAACUUCUUUGUGAAAUUCUGUCUCAAGCUAAUAAACAAGGGAAGGAAGGGUUUAGUCAAACGAGUGAAGAUGAAAUAGGAGUAGCACUCCACAAAUAUUUAUCAUAUAGAAGGUUUUUUAUUGUGUUGGAUGAUAUGUGGAGUGUUGAGGCAUGGGAGAAGCUGCAACGCUAUUUCCCUGACAAUAGUAAUGGUAGUCGGAUAUUGGUGACAACUAGGCUAUCGAAUUUGGGAUCUAAAUUGGAUAGAGAUUAUGGCCUUAAAAUGAAAUUUUUGGACGAGGAAAGUAGUUGGAAUAUGCUCUGCACAGUUGUGUUUGGGGGAAAAAGUUGCCCUUUAGAAUUGGAGAAAAUUGGAAGGAAGAUUGUGGAGAGUUGCAGAGGACUUCCAUUAUCAAUUGUUGUGAUGGGAGGUGUUUUAAGAAAACUUGAUCAAACAAAAGAUUGUUGGGAAUCUAUUAGGGGAAGCAUAAAUUCACUAGUGAAUUUGGAGAAUGAUAAGCAUUGCUUGAAAAUACUAAAGUUGAGCUAUAAUCAUUUGCCAGUUUAUCUUAAGCCGUGCUUUUUAUACAUGGGAAUGUAUGAGGAGGAUCGUGCAAUUCGAGUCUCGGAAAUAAUCAAGCUAUGGGUUUCGGAAGGAUUUCUAAAACCAGUAAGGGGCAAGAUUUUGGAAACAGUUGCACAAGAGUACUUGGGUGAACUAGUUGAUAGAAAUCUAAUUCUUGUUCAUAUGCUUGGAAAAACUGGAAGCAUGAAAUAUUUAAAAACCCAUGAUUUGUUGAGAGACCUUUGUUUGAGAGAAGCUGAAAAUGAGAGGUUUUAUCAUGUGGUAGGGCAACAUAGUCCUCCUCAAGGCACGCUUAGCCAACGCCGUGUAGUUGUUCAGGAAAGCACUUCAAAUAAAGAAGUCCUUGAUGCGAUGAGAUCUGCACCACAUGCCCGUUCUUAUAUAAGUGAUCAUGUCAGAGUUCAACGGUUGCCUAAUUUGAAAUUAUUGAGGAUUUUGAUAACAUCUCUGUCUGGAGAACUGAAGUAUUCCCUUGGAAAAAUGGUAAAUUUGCGGCAUCUUCAAGUUAAUCAGUCUCCUUCUUCAUCCAAUCUCAUGUGGUGUCUACAGACAUUACAUGUUUAUGAUGGAUAUAAUGGUGCACCGGUUGAUAUUUGGAACAUGCCUCAAUUGAGGCAUGUUAGUGUUCCGAUAAAUGGACAGCUUCAUCUCCCAGAUCAUCCGAGAGAUAGCACGGUGAUCAUGGAGAAUCUACAAACCCUCAAAGGAGUAGAGAAUUUCAAGUGUAACGAGAUGAUGGUUCAUAAAAUUCUCAAUAUCAAGACACUGAGAAUAAGUUAUAACAGAAGUCAGUCUGACUAUUGUCUCUACAACAUCGAACGUCUGCAAAAGCUGGAAUCUUUUGCAUGCUUUAAUUGUCCAAGCGAUGAUUUGCGAAAGCUGAGUCUUGUUAUGUCUAGGAAUAAUAGUAUUGAAGACAUAUUGGAAAAGGCAAGUGCAUUACCCCUUCUUCAAAAGCUCAAGUUGGGAGGAGGACGUUUAAGAACAGGCAAAUGGGAAACAGCUGAAGGCCAGUUCCUCAGUCUCAAAUAUUUGUCACUUUCACGUAUUCGUCAAUUGAAAUGCUGGACGAUGGAAAGCUCCCACUUCCCAUGCCUCGAGCAGCUUUUUCUUUGGGACAUGCAUUUGAAGGAGAUCCCAGCAGAACUUGGUGAAUUUCCGACACUGAAAUCUGUUGUGUUGCAUGCGUGCAAUGAAUCAGCGGUGAAGAGUGCGAAGAGAAUGGUAGAGGAACAAGAGGAAUUACAAGGAGAAGAUCAACUAUCCUUUCAAGUUGAAGUUAAGCUCUCAAACCAGAACGAAGAGCUGCAGAGCUUGUCAAAUCUCAACUUUCAAGUUACUGCUCCUAAAAGGUGGGACUCAUUCCUGUAACUGUCUCCGUUUUUGAUAAAUGUUUGCCUUGUUGAGGGUAUCGGAACUUUGAUAAAGGUGGACAUUGCACGCAUUGUUGAUAAAUGGUGAUAAUUAUCACCAUUGUUUAUAAAGAUGGAUCCUCUGUUUUAUC